AUGACUGAAGAAAAAGCAGAAGAAAAUAUUAACAUUGAUCCUUCCACAUUGAAUCCUCUUUCUCCAGAAGUUAUAUCAAGGCAAGCUACUAUCAAUAUUGGAACAAUUGGUCACGUAGCACACGGUAAAUCUACUGUAGUGAAAGCGAUUUCUGGUGUUCAGACCGUUCGAUUCAAAAAUGAGCUUGAACGUAAUAUCACUAUUAAAUUGGGUUAUGCUAAUGCUAAGGUGUACAAAUGUGAAAAGGAAGAUUGUCCCCGUCCGGGAUGUUAUAAAUCAUAUCGUAGCGAUAAGGAAGAGAAUCCUCCCUGUGAGAGACCUGGAUGUGGUGAUUGCCCCGGUCAUGACAUUCUUAUGGCUACUAUGUUAAACGGUGCGGCUGUUAUGGAUGCCGCGCUUUUACUGAUUGCCGGUAAUGAAUCUUGCCCACAGCCUCAAACUAGCGAGCACUUGGCUGCCAUUGAAAUUAUGAAAUUGAAACAUAUUAUAAUUCUACAAAACAAAGUCGAUCUAUGUAAAGACACUGCUUGCGAAGAACAUUAUAGAAGUAUUUUAGACUUUGUUAAAGGUACUGUUGCUGAUGGUGCCCCUAUUGUACCCAUAUCAGCGCAGUUGAAAUAUAAUAUUGAUGCCAUCAAUGAAUACAUUGUUAAAAAGAUUCCUAUUCCGGUUCGUGACUUCACAUCUGAUCCUCGAUUGAUUGUAAUUCGAUCGUUCGAUGUUAAUAAGCCUGGUGCUGAAGUUGACGAGCUUAAAGGUGGUGUAGCUGGUGGAUCGAUUUUACGUGGUGUUUUGAAGGUCGGUGACGAAAUAGAAGUCCGACCUGGAAUCCUUACCAAAGAUAAUGAUGGUCAAAUUCAUUGUCGUCCAAUUUUUUCACGUAUAGUUACAUUAUUUGCUGAACAUAAUGAUUUGAAAUUUGCUGUUCCCGGUGGCUUGAUUGGUGUUGGUACCAAGAUUGAUCCAACGCUCUGUCGUGCGGAUCGUCUUGUUGGCCAAGUUCUUGGUGCUGUUGGCAAAUUACCCAAAAUUUAUACUGAACUCGAAAUUAAUUACUUUUUACUUAGAAGAUUAUUAGGUGUUAAAACGGAUGAUAAGAAACAGACUAAGGUCUCAAAAUUGACCAAAAAUGAGGUUCUUAUGGUAAACAUAGGAUCAACUUCUACCGGUGGGCGUGUCAUGUCAGUUAAAGCAGAUUUGGCCAAAAUUAUAUUGACUAGUCCUGCUUGUACUGAAAUUGACGAGAAGAUUGCUUUAUCCCGAAGAAUUGACAAACAUUGGAGAUUAAUCGGAUGGGGUAAGAUUAAACGUGGUGUUGAUAUUGAACCCGAUGUUGAUCGAACAUAA